AUGCCUGAAGCUGUUAAGCAAGGCGCCUGGGCCACCACCUGUAUGCAGGGAUGCUGGGUGGUACCAGGGGAGCCGGACCAAGUGCUUAACCUUCUGCAACUCUGCAACCCCUCUCUCCCCACCCACGACUGGAGGGUGGUGAAGAUUGAGGCCACCGAGGGGCCAACAAAUCAGGCAGUGCUGAUUCUUAACAAGGAAUCGCUGGCCCCAAUUGAAGCCGCCAAGGGCGAGCUAAACUUCGGCUUCGGCUCCAUUACCGUAAAGGUAUACAAAUCGGAUGCGCCGGCCGGAGGAGACCCUGCUGUCUGCAAAAACACAGCCGAACAGGCUCCUCCUGCGGAGAUCGGAGCAACCGAUGAGGAGCUGGAGCCUGGCUACACGUCGGACACGUCGACUCUGACUCGGGGCCUUGAGGCCAUGUGUCACGAGUUAGACGAGGACGAUUUUACGCUGUCGGACGAGGACGACAGCAACAACACGGUGGUGAGGGGGAAAUCUCCGGAUGUCCUUGAGACUACGGCAGAUAAACCUUCACCACACAAUGCCGACAACACAACGGUAAGCCUGGAGCUCCAGUCAGCUCCUGUAAGGCUACUGUCUGCCUAUAUGGCCAACGACAGCGCCGGCCCACCACCAGACGAGAUUACAAGAUCCCUCGUCCAGGAGUGCGAGAAGCACAGCAUUGGCCUAAUCAUAGGCUGUGACGCCAAUGCUCACCACACCCAGUGGGGGAGUACGGGCACAAAUCCGAGGGGCCCUGAUCAGAUAAGCCCAGUCCAAUUACAGAAGGCGGGAAACACAGCCAUAAACUGGCUACAUGAAAUCUUCGGGAAGAUUCUGAAGACUGGUUGCAUCCCACCCACAUGGCUCCAGUCAAAAAUAGCCUUCAUACCCAAAGCUGGGAAGCCAUCGCACACCAGCGCCAAAGAUUUCAGACCCAUCAGUCUGUCAUCUUUCUUGCUAAAGACCUUGGAACGACUUAUAAGUCUCCAUCUCACAGCAUCCAUUGACCCCAGGCUUAUGUCGGAGUCUCAACAUGCCUACAGGAAGGGCAGAUCCACAGAUACUGCCCUCCACUCUGUGAUCUCCAUUAUAGAGAAAUCCCUACUUUAUAAAGAGUACACCCUUAUAGCGUUUCUCGACAUUGAGGGCGCUUUUAACAACGUCACUCCGGCAGCCAUAACUGCAGCUCUGCUGAACCUGGGGUUUGACACCGGUCUGGUGGGCCUGAUCAGUCAAUUGCUUACUUGCAGGACUGUGACAUCCACACUAGGGUCGUCAACUCUCUCCAGGUUCGUAAGCAGAGGUACGCCACAAGGAGGCGUCCUGUCACCCCUACUAUGGAACAUAGCAAUUAACAAAUUGCUGUGGGACAUGGAGGGGGGCGGCUGCAAAAUGGUUGCAUAUGCAGAUGACGUUGCAGUAAUUUUCAGGGGAAAAUACCCACAAACUCUUUGUGACCUCAUGACUAGUAAACUAAAAAUACUGUCAUGCUGGGCUCAAGAGAGUGGAUUAGGGGUAAACCCCAAUAAAACGGAACUUGUUCUUUUUACAAGGAAUUACAAGGUCCCUUCUCUUGUCCCACCCAGACUAAAUAAUGUAAAUCUACUUUUCAAAGACAGUGCCAAUUUCCUUGGAUUGACACUAGACAGAAAACUAGACUGGAACCUCAAUAUCCAAACACGGGUUAAAAAGGCAACAGUCACCCUAUAUACGUGUAGGAAAUCCAUUGGGCUGAAAUGGGGUAUGUCCCCAAAUAUCGUUCGAUGGUUAUACACAUCCAUAGUCAGACCUAUACUUUUGUAUGGCGUCGCAGUAUGGUGGCCCUGUUUAAAAAAGAAAACCACCCUUUCUAAACUAAACAAGGUUCAGCGUAUGGCUGAACUAUGCAUAUCGGGGGCGCUUCGUACCACACCUAGUGAGGCACUUGACGCUAUCCUGGACAUUCCGUGUCUGGAAAGACAAGGAAUGGAAAAUGCAACACUUACGGCCAUAAGACUCAGAGAAUCCCUCGCCUGGACUACUCAGAGCACUGGUCAUGCCUCUAUCUUAGAAGGGAAACCGACCAUCCCUUCUAAAACAGAUUACUGCGUGCCAGUAACACAAUUGGGAACACCCUUCAACACAUACUUCCCUCAAAGGGAAGAAUGGGUUCAUGGCACCCCCGGUCCACCGGCAACCAUAACCUUCUUUACAGAUGGCUCGAAGCUAGACAACCGUGUAGGCGGAGGGGUCUACUCCGAGCAACUCAAUUUACAGUUAUCCUUCAGCCUUCCAACACACUGUAGUGUUUUUCAAGCUGAGGUACUGGCCAUAAAGGAAGCUUUAGACUGCCUAGAUAGGCUCAAAGUCAGCCCUGGCUAUAUAAAUAUAUAUAUUGAUAGUCAGGCAGCAAUCAAAUCAAUCAGCUCGAUAUCUUCCAAUUCGAUAUCAGUAACAAGCUGCCGCAAAUCUCUACACGAGAUGGCUAAACAGCAUGUUAUUAGCCUGAUAUGGGUUCCUGGUCACCAGGACAUUGAAGGCAACUGCAAAGCCGAUGAGUUAGCUAGGAAAGGUACCAUACUGCCGCUCCUCACGGACAAGGAAGGUAUUAGUAUGCCUCUAGCUACCUGCAAGCUCAAUAUCAGGGAGGAGUAUAGGCGUAGGUCAUGCAGUAAAUGGCAAAGUGGCACCUGUGCCCGCAUAGCACACCAGACAUGGCCAAUCAUUGACUCCAAGCGCAGCAAAGAGCUGUGCAGUCUGAGUCGGACUAACUGUUCCGCAGUGAUCCGGGCUCUAACUGGGCACUGGCUGGUUGGCAUUCAUGCCAAUAGACUCCAGGUGCCAUACAAUGACUUUUGCAGAAGCUGCAAAGAGGAGGAAGAAGUUGAAUCUCCGGAACACUUUUUCUGCCUCUGCCCAGCACUUGCCAGGAAAAGGCUGGCAAUCCUGGGAAACUACUCCCUAAAUAGUUUAUCGGAGCUCCGAUAUAUGAGACUGGCCAAGAUAGCGAAAUUCAUAAACGCAUCGGGUUGGGCAAAUAUUUAA